AGGAGAGCGGGUUGCAAGUCCAGAGAAUGAGAGGGACUCCGAGGCUCUUUACUACCUGGAGACUCCCUACGGUUUUCAGCUAGACUUGGACUUCCUCAAGUAUGUGGAUGACAUACAGAGCGGAAACACCAUCAAGAGGCUAAACUUCCAGAGGAAACCCAAAGCAGCUAAGCCCGCCACGGCACCGCAAACCGAAUGGACCUCCACCGAGUCCCUGUCCUCCUCCACCAGCGAUGAGAGCAAGCAGUCCCUGCAGCUUUCCACAGACAGAGAGUCCACCCCUCCUCUGCCUGGGGCCUCCCCGUGCCAUGAGGCCCCCGCCCCCUUUCUGAGCGCUCCUGAAACCAAAGCGCAGCCGCCCCUCUCCCCGGGCGCACCCAGGCACAACGCACGCGUGGAGAAGACAUUGAUGGAGACACGCAGGAGGCUAGAGCAGGAGCGCCUGCUCGCCCAACCCCCCGCCCACGACGCCCCCAGACGGAGGCUGGCCAGCUUCGGGGGCAUGGGAUCCAGCGGCUCCCUGUCCUCUUUCACAGGCUCCAGCGGCCACACCCAGAGCCUCCACAACGGGCCCCAGCCCAACGGAGAGCACAGCCUGUACCUGAGCUCAUCCAUGGGCGGCUCCAUCCGCCACAGCCCCCUGAGCUCGGGGGUGACCACCCCCAUCGCCAGCAUCAGCCCGCUGCAGCUGCAGAACAUCCGCGAGCAGAUGGUGGUGGCGCUGAAGAGGCUGAAGGAGCUGGAGGAGCAGGUGAAGACCAUCCCUGUCCUACAGGUCAAGAUCUCUGUGCUGCAGGAGGAGAAGAGGCAGCUGGCUGCGCAGGUGAGCAGCCAAAGCCUCUCCCGCCAGGGCCAGGGCGGAGCCUUCAGGAAACGGUCACACAGUGUGGGGAGCACUGAACACUUCGAGCAGCUCUCUCGGGUCCAGAAGGGACCGGAGCUGCACAUAGACUCAGAGGAUGAGCUGGAAGGCCGAGAGCGGAGCUCCCAGAGGCUGGAGGAGUUCAGACAGCUGACUGCAGAGAUGCAGGAGCUGGAGAGGAAAAUCCAGGAUGGUAACUACGAGGGCCGACACGGCUCCAGCCAAAACGUGGGACAGAUGCAGCCAGUCAGGGAGCAGCGGUCCGUUGCAGUGGGGGAGGACAAGAGCAUGGAAGACCUGGUCGUUUACCGCAGGUCAGCAAAACAGCGGAACGAUGUGGCGGUCGGGACGGAGCUGGAGACGAGCAGUACCGCAGUAGGGGUGACGGAGGCCAUGCUGGGGGUGACCACGGAGGCUGAGGCCGAGAUCGAGAUGCAGCAGCAGACCAUCGAGGCCCUCAAGGACAAGAUCUACAGGCUGGAGGUGCAGCUGAAGGAGGCUACCCACAAGGCGGAGAUGAGCAAGCUGAAGCUGGAGCUUCAGGCCGCGGGGUCCAGGAAGAGGGCCGACAAGGGGACGAUGGCUAGGCCAGCUGCCUACAGCAUUGCAGUGGAAGCUAAAGUGGAGGUGCAGAGCCAGGGAGUGGGAGGUCAUAUGGAGAUGGGUGUUACCUGCAGAGGGAGAGGCUCAGAGGCCCAUUCAGUGGCUGUGCUGUGCAGGCCAGAGCAGAAGCACGUUGCCAUAGGCCCUGAAGCCCCCAUGGAACGAUGGGUCGUGCAGGAAAGAGUGGAAACCCGCGAUCAGUGUGUCGGAAGACACGUUGUCACUCACAGCCAGGGCGUGGGGACGAGUCUGAAUGUUUGUGAAGUUGGAGUGAAUACGGAGGAGAGGGCGGACAGUCUGGGCCUUUCCAGGUCACAGCAGGAGCAGGGGAAGGAGUGGUGUUCAGUUGGAUGCGGAGAUUGCUCAGUGGAUGUGACAGUGUCCCCUGUUAAAGAGCUGGUUUCUCUCGGCACAAUCACAGAUCAGGUGGAGAAAGCCGAUAUGGGAGUCAUGGCUGUGCCUGAGACUACCUGCCAACACACAAGCGCAGCAGUAGCCACAACACACAAGCUCACCAACACAGAGAGGGUCGUGUUCACCGACUCCACCACAAACACAAGCCUGAGCACCCAAGAGAGGCACACCAGCACGGUGCCCACCGAGACCCGGUCGGUGUCCGUGGGAGACAGCCGGGUGAACGGCUCCCCGACGGCCGUGAGGACACGCUCCAUUGCAGUGGGGACUUCGGCGAGGCCAGAAAACGCCCUGGCCAAGCCGUCAGCCCCCAAGACCAAAGACAGCGGGGUUGGACUGGCGAACGUCAACGAGAACUUUCUGGUGGGUUUGAAAACCAGGAAUAUCGCCUGUGGGCCCUCUCGCCUGCCCGAUCCCACCAAAACGAGGAGCAUCGGAGUCGGGGAUGAGAGGGUGUGGGAGGCGGCGCAUGCUCAGCCCGAGACGGCGGCCGGGCUGGACCACUACAUUGAGCGCGUGCAGAAACUCCUGCAGGAGCAGCAGAUGCUGCUGGCAGAGAACUACACCGAGCUGGCAGACGCCUUCGGCCAGCCCCACACCCAGAUCGGCUCCAUCAACAGCCAGCUGGUCAACACCCUGUCCUCCAUCAGCUCGGCCGUGAAGUCCGCCAGCACUGAGGAGCUGCGCAGCUUCAACAACCUGCAGCAGAGUCCAGACUCUGCGAGAAGCAACAAAGACGAGGGUCGGUCUCGGCCCAUCGGUGGGGCCGGGUCCCAUGUGAGCGUGACGGUGCGGUCAGUCGCAAAGGUCACCCAUAUGGAGGCCGUGACGUCUGAGACGAGGACCCCUGCGUUCCCCAAGAGCACAGCCACACAGAAGAGCCUGAUGGACCAGCAGAUGUCCUCUGCUCUGCAUGGACAGUCCGGCAAACAGAAUGCACUGAAGUCCAUCAUGAAGAAUAAAGAUGGCCGCCAGGGCUCCAGCAGCACCAAAAAGAACCUGCAGUUUGUUGGCGUUAAUGGAGGGUACGAGACAACGUCGAGCGAUGACUCCAGCACUGAGGAAAGCAGCUCUGAUGAGGAGGGAGAGGAGGAGGUGUACGGAGAGGCGGAAGCGCUGGGGAACAGAGGAGAGGAGUUCUGUAAUGAGGAAGUAGUGGAGGCUGGAGUAGGAGAGGAGAGAGGUCCAGAAAAGGUUGAAAUACGAGAGAGGUAUGAGUUAAGUGAGAAAAUGAUGUCUGCUUGCAACGUGCUGAAAACCCACUUGAAUGACUCCAAAGCUUUAAACAGCAAAGAUGUGAGAACAUGUCUCAGCACGCUCCAGCAUGAGUGGUUCCGCGUGUCCAGCCAGAAGUCGGCAGUUCCGGCCAUGGUGGAGGACUACCUGGAGGCCUUCCGGGCCGUGUCCCCUGCGGUGCUGCGACACAUCGUCAACAUGGCCGACGGCAACGGCAACACCGCCCUGCACUACAGCGUGUCCCACUCCAACUUUGACAUCGUCAAGAGGCUGCUGGACGCAGAUGUUUGCAAUGUGGAUCAGCAGAACAAGGCGGGCUACACUCCCAUCAUGCUCGCUGCCCUGGCGGCGGUGGAAACUCAGAGGGACAUGCAGAUCGUCGAGGAGCUCUUCAGUAAAGGGGAUGUCAAUGCCAAGGCCAGCCAGGCUGGCCAGACAGGGCUGAUGCUGGCAGUCAGCCAUGGGAGGAUGGACAUGGUCAAAGCCUUGCUAGCCUGCGGGGCAGAUGUUAACAUCCAAGAUGAUGAGGGAUCCACGGCGCUGAUGUGUGCCAGUGAGCAUGGCCACGUGGAGAUGGUCAAGCUGCUGCUGGCCCAGCCUGGCUGCGACGCCACGCUCAGCGACAGUGAUGAGAGUAACGCCCUGUCCAUUGCGCUGGAGGCUGGACACAAGGACAUCGCCAUGCUGCUGUAUGCCCAUGUGAACUUCUCCAAAGCCCAGUCUCCAGGCACCCCCCGUCUCGGAAGGAAGACGCCCCCCAGUCCCACUCGGAGAAGCGCUUUUGAUUAGUGCGACCCCACCCACCCCCUUCCUCCUCAUCUCUCCCCCAGCUCCCGGUGCUGCUACCAGCUCAUGUCGGCCUGAACACAGGAUGAAUGUAUUUACAAGUGGAUCUCUGUGCCUGAGUACACCAGCAGUAGUUAGCCGUAGGAGAAGGGAAAGCCUUAUGUUUGUGCUAGAUUGCUAGUCAACUGAAAGUCUUAAAGUCAAGUUUUUACUUUACGUGUUUUGGAAAACACCCGUUGUUUGUCUGUUGUGUUCCCCGUUAUUGUCUCAUCUGUGCCUGCUUUUUUCCUCUUCACAUUUUAUGUGUAGAUAAUGCUGUCAGUAGAACCUGUGCUUGCGAGAAAGUGGAAGAUUUCAAAAUCCAAAGUCUACCUGUUUAUGUCAGUGCAUUUUCUGCAAGAAUAUUUUUAUAUAAAUAAUUAUCAUAUUUCUCCAUUACCCAUUCUCUUGAUUUUGGGAUGUAACCCACCAAGGUAUAUGCUGUUGAGUAAUGCAAUGAUAGGGUUUCAUAGCAUAUCAGAUUUCCAUUUAUAUGGAUAUGUAGUUGUGGAUACACAAUAUAUCUUUUAUAUAGAUCAUUUGUAUCUAUUUAAAAUCACUGUAUUUUUAUUUCAGAU